AUGGAACCAUCUCCAUUUCAAGAUCUCGCAUUUAUUUUGAAAAAUGAAUUACCAUCUUUGAAAGGAAAUCUCUCCGAAAAUAUUCUAAAUCUUGCUAAAGUUGCCGAUUUUUGUGAAGACAACUAUCUGAACUCAUCACAUCAUGAUAAAUCACGUGUUUACGAAGAUACGAAGAACUAUGCUAUUCAAGCAUUAGCAAGUGUUGCUUAUCAGAUCAACACGAUCGCCACGUCAUUUCUACAAUUAUUAGAUUUACAAUCAAAUCAGUUCAAUGAAUUGGAAACGAAUAUGAGCGAUUUGAGCGAAGAUACCAAUGUGCACAAGGAAAAAGUUGCACGACGAGAAAUUGGCACAUUGACAACGAAUAAAAGUCUAGGAAGGCAACCACUAUUCAUCAAACCGAGCAACCCAGAAAAACUUGUUCGAUAUGUUCGCAAACCACUGGAUUAUUCAAUCCUGGAUGACAUCGGGCAUGGUGUUCGUUUAUCACCUCAAGAGAACAAAUCUCGUCACAUGAUCUAUGGCAAUGGCAUUCAACAACAACAACAACCUCCAUCAACUCCACCAUCGAUGAAAACUGCCAAUGCUAGUUUGUCGAAAGCAACAGGUGCGAAUUCAUCGAUGAUCUACGCCCAACGUUCAUCUCUUCAGCCUGCUCCACCAGUAAUAGUUCCACCAACUGAUUAUGCCAGUCGACAUGAUCUCAUCAUGAAUAACGGCCAUCAGUAUAAUCCAUAUGGACAUCGACAACAAAAUGCACACAAUCAAAUGAUGAUGAUGAUGAACAACGAAAAUGUUUACGCCACUCGGCACAAUGGAAUUUUGAACACGAAUAACAUGACUCGAUAUACAGGAGCUAUGCUCGAAAACGGUGGAUCAGUACGAUCCAAAGGAACUAGUCAACCACCCGGAUCAACACGAAUUCCGAUACAUAUGGAUAAUUAUGAUCCUAAUGGUCAACAACAAAAUGGUGGUGAAUCACAAUACAUGUCUCAACAAUCUUAUCUUCCACAAUUUAUUCCACAAGCACCGAAUCACUUUUUUGAAGCAACGACAACAUUACCGAGAAAAAGCACACGAGGAUUUCGACGACGAUUUGAAAAUCUUGACUGGGCACCAGAACAAUAUCUCGAAAUGGCCAUUGCUUGUUACGAUUAUGAAAGUACUCGUGAUGACGAAUUGACAUUUCGCGAAGAUACGAUCAUAUUUGUUGUUGCCAAAAAUGAUGAUGGAUGGUUUGAAGGUGUGAUUGAACCUGGCGUUCGUGGCCUAUUUCCAGGAAAUUAUGUUGAACCACUAUCAAUUAUAAUAAAAAUGGCCGAUGACAAAAAGAUGGAAACGAAGAAAGAAGAGAAACCGAAAUUAAGUUUAAUGAGCGGUAUUGCAUUGUUAGUUGGUUCAAUCGUUGGAUCAGGGAUUUUUAUUUCGCCGCGUGGUGUUCUGCUAGGCACAGGCUCUUAUGGUUUAUCUGUUCUUGUGUGGAUCAUCGGUGGUUUGAUUUGUAUACCUGGCUGUAUGUGCUACGCCGAAUUAGGUACAAUGAUUUAUAGUUCAGGCGGAGAUUAUACAUAUAUCAAAAUGGCUUUUGGUGAUUGGGCUGGAUUCUUGCGUGUAUGGAGUGAAAUAUGCUGCGUACGUCCCGCGACUAUCGCUGUUUGUGGUAUCACAGCAUCAAUCUACUUACUUCAACCGCUUUUUAGUCCAUGUUCUCCGCCACACUAUGCUGUGCUUGCUCUUGCUUGUUUUUUCAUUUUGAUAAUAACGUUACUGAAUUUACUAUCUACUCGUGGAUCCAUUUUUUGGCAAAAUGGUACAUUUUAUGCAAAGAUAGGAGCAUUGAUUCUUCUCAUCGGUCUGGGUAUCUUCCAGCUAAUACGAGGCCAUUACGAAGUUUUCACCGAACCAUUUGCUAAUACACAAACAAGUGUUAAAAAACUAGCUAUAGCUUUCUAUAUUGGAUUAUUUCCUUAUACAGGUUGGAAUUAUUUAUCCAAUGCUAUCGAAGAUUUAAAAGAUCCCAAAAAGACUUUUCCUAUUGCAAUUAUGUCUUCGAUUAUUGCCAGUACAAUCUUUUAUACUCUUGCUUAUAGUGCGUACUUUACAGCGUUGACUCCGCUCGAUGUUAUGUCAACUGAUGCCGUUGCUGUCACUUUUGUGGAACAGAUCUAUAAGCCUUUGAGACUUAUCAUGCCUUUACUUGUUUCAAUCUCUGCUCUUGGCGGCCUUAAUGGACAGAUCUUUUCCAUUGUUCGCAUGUUUUCUGUAGCUGGUCGCGAUGGUCUCCUGCCAACGAUCUCUUCGUUUGUUCAUAUUCAACGACUCACGCCUGUUAUUCCAUGCAUUGUCGAAGGAAUACUUGGAGUUCUUUACGUUCUUGUUGGCAAUGCCGAUCGUUUGCUUAGUUAUUUGAGUUUCAGUACAUGGGUGGUUUGUUUAUGUAGUGCCGUUAGUGUCCUUAUCUUUCGUCGCACAAUGCCGAAUAUUGCCCGUCCAUUCAAUGCUGGUGUCGUCGCUCCAGUGAUAUUCAUUGUUGCAAUAGGCUUUCUCACCCUGGUCAAUAUGAUCUUCAAUCCGAUAGAUAUAUUAGUUGGAAUGUUAAUUCUUGUCUCUGGUCUUCCAAUCUAUUGGCUAUUUGUUUUGCAACGACCAAAAUCAAUUGACAAAUCAAGUGAAUCAAUUAGUAUUUAUUUACAGAAACUAUUUCUUGUUGCACCAGAGAAUAACAAACAAGAGCAGUGA